AUGUUUGGGACUGUAGUCCCCACUCUUGUGCUCUGGGAAGUCAGAUGUUACUUCAGGCCUGCAGUCAUGUCCUGCCCUUGCUGUUCCCCACUGAUGUGCCACAUGAGUGUCAGGUGUCUUGGAUGCAGUAUUCAGCAGCCAGCCAGGGAGGGGUACCUCCCUCCCCACCAUCUCGGGGCUUCUCAAGUCAGAAACAUGCCCUCACUUCAAGACCCCUUCUUCCUUGUUGACAGGCAAGGAGUGUGCAUGCGAGUGCAUGCAAUAGGGGAUGGGGCCAUGUCCAAGCCCCACCUUUCCUCAGCUUUGCUCCUGUCCAGUGACUGUGACCACUGUCCGCGUGUUGCCUUCUUUAACGACUUCCCUCCCCUCCUUUACCCCUUCACCAAAGGUCUUGGUACAACCAGCUGCCUGUUUUGUGAAAUUUUUAUGUAG